AUGACGCUGUGGAAAUACUCCCUCCUGGCUGUGUCCCUCAUCUCCCUGAGCUUCUUCCUCCAGGACAAGAGGAACAAGCGCCUUGAGUACAGCAUGUCUUUGGAGGAAAAGAAGAAAAUACUGCAGCAGCUGGACCAGGAGCAAAUCAGCUCUGAAAGCGAGAACCACUUGGAGACCUUCAAGGAGAUGCAGAGAAGCUCCCCUGUGCUCCAGCUCACCAGCUACAAAGUCCUGGCUGGAGCCCUUCCCCAGGAGAAGAAACUACUGACGGUGGGGAUCUCCUCAGCGCAGCGUCCUCAUGGGAGCACCCUCUUGCACACCCUGCAGUCUCUGUUCCAAGCCUCCUCAGAGUCUGAGCUGGACUGUAUCGUGGUGCUGGUCCACCUGUCAGAUCCUGAGCCUGCAUGGCUCAGCCAAAUGGUCGCCAACAUAUCAGGCCUCUUCCAACCUCAUCUUGAGGCCCAGAAGCUGCUUGUGAUCCACGGUCAUCUCAGUGGCUCUCUUGUCCCAGGAGAUCUGGGCAACACUAAUGACUCCUCACCCUGUGAAGCUGUUUAUUCCAGGCAGAAAGUCGACUAUGCCCUCCUUAUGAACUUCGCUGCCAGCCUCUCUGAAUACUUUCUGAUGGUAGAAGAUCACGUUGACUGCACCCCCAAAUUUGUUUCUACCAUCUAUUGGGCACUGGCAGCCUGGAAAGAACGACCCUGGGUGACCCUGGAGUUCUCCAGCCUGAGCUUCUCCGGGAAAGUCUUCCACAGCAGCGACCUCUCCCGCCUGACCACCUUCCUCCUCCUCUUCCCUAAGGGCACGCCUACUCACUUGCUUCUCUCUGAAUUCCGCCUUCUCUUGGCCCAACAUGUUCCUAUUCGUUUCAGUCCCUCCGUCUUCUAUCCGACGGGCAAUUAUUCUGCGCCUGAGAACACCUGCUUUCCUGUGGAGAAGGAAGUGGUCUUUGGUGAUCCGGACAACCCGGUAGCCAACGUCCUCACUGACAUGAGGCCGGUGCCGGAUGUGAUUCCCCAGUACGCCUACUUUCUGAACACGGAGAGCUACAUCACCCUUGAUGCCUUAAGGGGCAACUACCUGGUGGUGGUUUUGGAAAGGCCACAGAGAGUCGUCCGCAUAGAGGUGCUGACAGGCGCUGACAAGCAAGGGCAGUACCGGCUGCAGCAGGGCCAAGUAGAACUGGGCUACGACCCCCUGGCGCAUCCCGAAAGCUGUGCGCGCUACACCGUGCUGGGCCCGCUGGUGCAGGGGAACUUGGACCAGAGGGUGUUUUACGAAGAGGGCACCGUGGAGCAGCUGAGCUGCAUACGACUGCUGGUGCUGGCCUCUCAGGGCUCCUGGCUCGUCAUCAGACAGAUCAGGGUCUGGACUCAGCCCAAGGAAGAGGAGCGCUGGAGGCACGCUGGGGAUCCUGCAGGGAUGGGCCUGGGGAAUGCAGCCUACAGGGCCGGCAGGAAAUAA